AGUGAAACGGCUGUAUAAAGGCAGCCUCUUGUUGGGCAACGGGGCAUGCUGAUCCGGAGACUUCCAAGCACGAAGAUCGCAAUGAAGUGGGCUUUGGUGUUCCUGGGCCUGGUGGCCCUUUCUGAGUGCCUGGUUAGGGUUCCUCUGAUGAAGGGGAAGUCUAUGAGGCAGUCUCUCAUGGAGCAGGGCAAACUGGAGGAGUUUUUGCAGAAAUACAACGACCUGUCUGCCAAAUACAACAACUUCAUGUCUGACCUGCCCAUGUACAACUACUUGGAUAUUGAAUAUGUCAGCGUCAUCUCCAUUGGAACACCACCUCAGUCAUUCAGGAUCCUCCCUGACACUGGAUCUGCCAACCUGUGGGUGCCCUCCAUUUACUGCAACAGCCAGGCAUGCUCUAACCAUCGGAAAUUCAACCCUUCUCUGUCCUCGACCUAUCGGGCUCAGAACACGCCCGUGUCCAUCCAAUACGGAACAGGAAGCAUGACUGGUUUCCUGGGUUACGACACAGUUAAUGUUGGAGGCAUUGUCGACACUAACCAGCUUUUUGGCCUGAGUCAGACGGAGCCUGGGUCUUUCCUGUACUACAGCCCCUUCGACGGCAUCAUGGGCCUGGCUUAUCCUUACAUUUCUGCCUCUCAUUCCACCCCAGUCUUUGACAACAUGAUGAGACAGGGUCUGGUGUCCCAGGACCUGUUCUCUAUCUACCUUACCCGCAAUGGGGCUCAAGGAAGUGUUGUGACCUUCGGUGGAUAUGACACGUCCUAUUUCACUGGACAGAUCAACUGGGUUCCCAUCACUGUUGAGGGCUACUGGCAGAUUGCAAUUGAAAACGUGAUGGUAAAUGGUCAGGUCGUGGCCUGCGCUCAGGGUUGCCCAGGUAUUGUGGAUUCUGGAACGUCUCUGAUUGCCGGCCCUCCCUCCGACAUAGCUUCCAUCCAGCAGCAAAUUGGAGCAACUGUCAAUUCCUACCACCAGUACACCAUUAACUGCCAGAACAUAGGCUCCAUGCCAGAUGUGACCUUCACCAUCAACAAUGUGCAGUACGAAGUACCACCCAGUGCCUAUGUCAGACAGGUGAACGGACAAUGCUCCAGUGGGUUCCAGUCUAUGGUCCUGCCCACUGCCCAGGGAGACCUGUGGAUCCUGGGAGAUGUCUUCAUCAGGGAGUACUACUCCAUCUUCGACCGCGGGAAUAACAGGGUGGGGCUGGCCCAGGCCGUCUGAGCCUCUCGCUCGCUCCAUCCCAACCUUCGUUUGAUCCCUGCCUGAGUGGUCAGCAGCUGAGGCCACCUCUGAAAGAUAUCAAAGGGGGAACUCCCUAUUUUCCACACCCCACACCCCAACAUCCCAGAGCUUUUAAGUAAUGCAUAUUCUACAAAUAAAAAAAAAGAUUGCAACACUA